CUUUUUCCCCCUCCUCCAUUUUGUUCGCGGACGCUGGGGACGGUGGGAGCAGAUCCAUUUCCGGGUUGGCAAAAGGGGCGGCGGCGGCGGCGGCGGCGGCGAGAGAGAGAGAGAGCUUGCCGGGGGGCGAGCUGUACAGGACGAAGUCGGAGCGUAGGCGGUGGAGGAUUCGCUCCCAGAGCACCUGCGGCCAGGUAUAUGAAUGACCUAAAGCUGCAAAUAAAGACGGAGAGAGAGCAGUGCCAACUGGGAGCAGGGCAAGAAUGCCAAUUCCUCCUCCCCCACCACCCCCACCUGGUCCUCCUCCACCGCCCACAUUUAAUCAGGCAAACACAGAGCAGCCCAAGCUGAGUAGAGAUGAGCAGCGGGGUCGAGGUGCCCUCUUACAGGACAUUUGCAAAGGGACCAAGCUGAAGAAGGUGACCAAUAUUAAUGAUCGGAGUGCUCCCAUCCUCGAGAAGCCUAAAGGAAGCAGUGGUGGCUAUGGCUCUGGAGCAGCUGCCCUGCAGCCGAAGGGAGGUCUCUUCCAAGGAGGAGUGCCGAAGCUUCGACCUGUGGGAGCCAAGGACAGUUCAGAGAAUCUAGCUGGUAAGCCAGCCCUGCAGGUCCCCAGUUCUCGAGCUGCUGCCCCAAGGCCUCCAGCGUCUGCAGCCAGCGGGCGUCCUCAGGAUGAUACGGACAGCAGCCGGGCCUCACUCCCAGAACUGCCCCGGAUGCAGAGACCCUCUUUACCGGACCUCUCUCGGCCCAAUACCACCAGCAGUACGGGCAUGAAGCACAGCUCCUCCGCCCCUCCCCCACCACCCCCCGGACGGCGUGCCAAUGCACCCCCCACACCUCUGCCUAUGCACAGCAACAAAGCCCCUGCCUACAACAGAGAGAAACCCUUGCCGCCGACACCUGGACAAAGGCUUCACCCUGGUCGAGAGGGACCUCCUGCUCCACCCUCAGUCAAACCACCUCCUUCCCCUGGGAAUAUCAGAACGGGACCAAGUGGCCAGUCUCUGGCUCCUCCUCCUCCGCCUUACCGCCAGCCUCCUGGGGUCCCUAAUGGACCCUCUAGCCCCACUAAUGAGUCAGCCCCUGAGCUGCCACAGAGACACAAUUCUUUGCAUAGGAAGACAGCAGGGCCUGUCAGAGGCCUAGCACCUCCUCCACCCACCUCAGCCUCCCCCUCUUUACUGAGUAAUAGGCCACCUCCCCCAGCCCGAGACCCUCCCAGUCGGGGAGCAGCUCCACCACCCCCACCACCUGUAAUCCGAAAUGGUGCCAGGGAUGCUCCCCCUCCCCCACCACCAUACCGAAUGCAUGGGUCAGAACCCCUGAGCCGAGGAAAGCCCCCACCUCCACCCUCAAGGACGCCAGCUGGGCCACCCCCUCCUCCUCCGCCACCUCUGAGGAAUGGCCACAGAGAUUCUAUCACCACUGUCCGGUCUUUCUUGGACGAUUUUGAGUCAAAGUAUUCCUUCCAUCCGGUGGAAGACUUUCCUGCUCCAGAAGAAUAUAAACACUUUCAGAGGAUAUAUCCCAGCAAAACAAACCGAGCUGCUCGUGGAGCCCCACCUCUGCCACCCAUUCUCAGGUGAAGCCUGGCUUGGUUCUGUUCCUCAGGAAAAGGAUGGACCUUCUCUUCUUCUCAGAUGGUCCCUUCCAUUCCCCUGAAACCUGCAUGAGAGCUCCUAACAUGUUUCUCCAGUGCAACCAACCCCUAGACUCCAAGCAUCCUCCCAGCUCACCUCCAUCUAUGCAUCUCGUCUCUGGAUUUGGUGAUCGGACUCUUUAUAUUGACAAUAGGAUCUCAAACCCUGCAUCCAUCCUUCCUCCAGCAAGCCCUGCUAGCCACGAGGAACAAGUUUCCAUGUCUCCUGCUUUUCUCUUGGGGAAAGGUGCCUUGUUGUGAUGAAUUAACUCGUUGGGGCAGGGUGGAGAAUGGUAGCCCUCCCUUCUCCUGUCCACUGUGGGGGAUGCUUGGCAGAUAUAUUGUAUUUCAUCAUUUCGGAGGCUGGCAUGACCAGGACUUAUGGGUGGGAGGGGAGCAUUUUUAGCGAAGCAAGAAAGGAGUUUGCCGAGAAGUGAUCUGUUUUAAAGGUCAAAUUUGGAGAAAGGGCAAGGAAAUGGGUCUGCUUUAUUUUUAGAAGUAUUUUGUUUUUGUUUUCACCUGCGGUCCCCUGCCCCCCGCCCCCUCCUGCCCCCCGCCCCCUGCAGGGAUAAGUUGGGUAUAAACACUAAAUACUAAUCAGUUGAACUUAACAUUUAAUAAAAAAAGAGGGUGAAAUAAACUGA